AUGACUCAAACCUACAAACAACAAGAUUUGACUCCUGAACAAAUCAAACUUAUACUCAACACUGUGCCAAUUUUAGAACAAGCUGGUGAAACUUUGACAGCUAAGUUUUAUAAUAGAAUGUUGACGAAUUAUGAUGAAGUCAAACCCUUCUUUAAUGAAACAGAUCAAAAGCUAUUACGACAACCCAGGAUAUUGGCAUUCGCUUUAUUGAAUUAUGCAAAAAAUAUUGAAGAUUUAACUCCCUUGACUGCAUUUGUUCAGCAAAUUGUUUCAAAACAUAUUGGUUUACAAGUUAAAGCAGAGCAUUAUCCAAUCGUUGGAACAUGUCUCAUUGAAACUAUGGUGGAAAUCUUACCCAAGGACAUUGCUACUCCUGAAUUCAUUGAAGCUUGGAGUAUUGCAUAUGGAAACUUGGCAGCUCUUUUGAUUGGUUUGGAAGCUAGUGAAUAUAAGAAAGAGCCAUGGCAAGGAUUUAAACCAUUCAAGGUUACCAAAAUUGUUGAGGAAUGUUCUGACGUGAAGUCGGUUUAUUUCACUCCAAAAGAUGGCAGUCAAAUUCCUCCAUCUAAACCAGGACAGUAUGUUUGUAUUCGUUGGAAGUUGCCAGGAGAAAAAUUUGAAAAGUCAAGAGAAUACUCCAUUUCUCAAGUACCUGAGAAUAAUGAGUUUAGAAUAUCCGUUAGAAAGUUAGAAGGUGGUAAAAUAUCAACAUUUGUUCAUGAGCAAUUGAAAGUUGGUGACGUAUUAUCUGUUGCUCCCCCAAAUGGAAACUUUACAUACAAAGAAGAACCUAAAGAAAAAAACUUGGUUUUAAUAGCCGGUGGAAUAGGAAUUACUCCAUUGGUUUCGAUUUCUCAAACAGCAUUAUCACAAGGACGUAAGGUGAAACUCGUUUACGCAAAUAGAUCAGUUAAUCAUCGUGCUUUUGGUCCAUAUUUCAAAAAGCAAUUGGAAGCUUACCCAGAAACCUUAUCGAUUGUUGAGUAUUUUUCUCAUCAAGAGGGCGACAAAGUAGAUGCUAUUGCUGAUUCAUUAAAUAGAAAAUUAUCAUUGGAGGACUUAGAUUUCAUUGACGGAAGUAAGGAUGAAGUUUAUUUGUUAGGUCCAAGAGGAUUUAUGAAGGUGUUUAAAGAGCAUUUGAACAAAAAGGGUAUUGAAGUCAACUUGGAAUACUUUGGUCCUUUGGACGUAUGA